CUUUUAUCAAUCGGGUGAACUCUGCUUGCAUAGUUUCUAACCUUUUGUUUUUGUGUUUUUUGGUUUUUUUUUUUCAAUUUCGGUUAAUUUUUAAUUUUUAUGAAUUGUUAUCCCCUCUAUGUUGGGCAAAGACAAGCAAUUUGUUUGUAACUAUAUCUAUAUUUGAAGGCAGGCAGGCAACCAACGGUUGGAAUUGGAAAACACAUCUUAGAUUUGAGUCAUUACUCAAAACCAGCUUUUUCUCUAAGAAAAAUUACUGUUACGUACGUUAACCUCUCUUUAUUUGGCUCUUCUCUUUCCCUCUCCCUCUCUUUGGGUCUCUCCAUUGAAUCCCCUAACGCUCAGGGGUUCAGUUCCCAGCUGGCCCCUCUCCCUGUGGUGAAGAGAAGAGCAAAGAUGAAGAAAGGCAAAGAAAGUGGUAAGAUUCAGGAUCAUAACAUGGCUAAUGAAAUUGACAACGAGGCUCAAUUAGAGACUAAUGAGAAAGUCAAUGGACAAUUAGCCACCAAUGAGGAAAAGUUUGAACCUCCUUCAGGCGAAGAAGAUGAAAAGAAAUUAGCUGCAGUAAUGGAAAUGAAGCGCAGAAAGGAGAAGGCCUUGGUAGAAUUGAGGUGCAGAAUCGAAGACGCCAUUCUUGGGAAUUUUCUCCUGGAGAAACCUAAACACGAUGCUAUUAGCCCAAGAGAAAGCGCAGAGGCAAUAGAACAACUGAAAGAGAUUACACUUUGGGGUGUACCUGUGAUGCCAAGCAAACGCCAUGUAGGAACCGAUGUUGUGCUCCUGAAAUUCUUGAAAGCAAAAGAUUACAAGGUUCAUGAGGCCUUUGAGAUGCUUCGAAAGACGUUGAAAUGGCGCCAGGAAUUCAAGGCUGAUGAAAUCCUCCAAGAAAACUUUGGUCCUGAUUUUGAAAAGGUGGCUUACCUAAAUAGCAAAGACAGGGAAGGUCACCCUCUGUAUUACAACAUAUACGGUGCUUUGAGGAACACGCAAAUACACGACAAAAUACUCGGCUCAGAAGAGGAUUGCGAAAAGUUUUUAAGAUGGAGGGUUCAAUACAUGGAGAAGGGUAUCAAGGAACUCAAAUUUGAACCCGGUGGAGCUGACUCUAUAGUUCAGAUCAUAGACUUGAAGAACUCACCGGGGCCUGCCACAAAGGAACUGCGUUCGCUUACCCGAAAAGCUCGGAUAUUGCUUCAAGACCAUUAUCCCGAGCUCAUCCAUCGAAGUAUAAUCAUAAAUGUCCCCUUGUGGUACUAUGUAUCCCAUGUUCUUUCUUCUCGGCUGAAAACUCAAAGAAGGAAUAGCAAGAUUGUUUUUGCGAGACCAGGGAGAGUCUCAGAGACUCUUCUCAAGUAAGAAAUGCUUUUUUAACUGAAGUUAGUGGUUUUUUUU